AUGGCGACGACGUCUCCUGCUCCGUCGCAGACUCUCAUCACAAGUGGACAAUAUUUGAUCGUGCAAAAAGUACAUUUAGGCUCAUAAAAAUUGUCAUUCACACUGAUUUGCAGGUGGACGGCGAACAGAGCCGAGUGAUGCGUUUCACUGCGAAACAGAAAAUUCUCAUCGAAAAAUUAAAGUUCUCCGCUGACAGGUACUUUUUUUAUAGGGAAAUUGUGAUUUUUGAAAGUCACCACCACCUUUUUCGCCCGUGUUUGUUCACUUUGACGUCAAUAUUUUGUUCUCAUACAUUUUAAAUCGUCACUGAACAAAAACUGGUUCAAUUCGGGUGGGCCGACCAAUCAUCAUAUUUUUUCGAUCCAGUGGAUAAUAGCAAGUGGAUCCGAAACGUUCAGCCUCUCCUAUGAAACAUUUCUCUCAUUUUUCAUUAACAAAAAUCUUAUGACUGGUCGGCUCCCGAACAGUUUUUGUAGGGUGACAAUGAAGUAACCAAAGUGGUUAUUCUUAAAUGUUACAGUGCAUUCGGAAAACCGUACGGGCUGUUCGAAGUGUCGGGCGGACAGUGUCAUCCGAUGUCCGUCGACAGACUGAUCGAAGAGUUGCAAGUGCAGGAGUCAGCGAUCAAUGCUCCAGAAGCAACCACGUCAUCAUGUUCGUCAUCCGCACCGGAACCGCAAUCGGAAGAUCCUCGAGUGGUGAUCGCCCCGUCGGCGCUGAAACUGGAGCCCGAGCAGAAGAGACAGAAGCUCGAGAUGGACGCGGUGCUUGAGAUGAAGAAGGCGGGCGUGAGCGGGCAGGAGAUGGUCGCCCGGCUCGUCGAGGGAUCCGCCUCCUUCCAGACACGCACUGUCUUCUCGCAGAGCAAGUACAUCAAGCGCAAGGCCAAGAAACACAGCGAUCGGUUUGUUUUGCUCAAUUUUUUGAUACUGACCAGGGAACGAUCAACAGGUAAGUUGGCCUUAUGGGCCGUGACUGACAUAGUUCGAUAGCUUAUACCAAGAGGAUCAAAUGUUCUGUUCAUCGUUUUUGCUGCCGGCACCUGGAUUUCGAGAAAAUGACACCGGAAAAUUUGUACUGAAAUCCUGUAUUUUAGGCAAUUUUUUUGCCAAUUUUUAAAAAUUUCCGCGUACCCGUGGCCGUCAAGGGGUCCAUGCCAAUUUUUAAAAAUUGCCGCGUACCCGUGACCGUCAAGGGGUCCAUUCCAAUUUUUAAAAAUUGUCGCGUACCCGUGACUGUAAUGGAAAAUGCAUACUUGCCUACAGACGAAACGCUAAGCUAUCGAACUAUGUCAGUCACGGCCCAUAAGGCCAACUUACCUGUUGAUCAUUCGCUAGUGAGCAUUUCUUUGCAGAGUGCUGAUCCUGCGUCCGACGAUCCGUCUGCUGGCGAAAUCGUAUUAUUUGAAGGACGCGGAUCGUCUGGCGAUGCUCCGAACGGACCAGCUCGCCCUGAUAAUGCAGAUGGCGGCCGUGCACCACGGAAAGAAAGUGAUCGUGUUCGAGCAGACCCUCGGAUUGAUCACUUCUGCAGUCGUCGAGCGACUCGGCGGAAAAGGAGCGUGUGUCCACAUUCACAGGGUAAGAAGCAAUUCUGAAAUUGCUUUUUAAAAAAUCUGCAAUUUUUUAAGGGCGCCGUUGCUCAAUCGAUUCCGUGCCUGCACUCGAUGAACUAUGAUCAACAGGUUCGCAAGUUUUUGAACAUUAUAAAAGUCUCGCUUUCGGCCACUAGUUUUUGUUGAUUUCAGACGCUCUCCACAUUCCUGCCGGUGCGAAUAAAAUGUGUUCUGGCGGGAAGACAGUUACCGUACGAGAAUCAUCGAAGAACGAACGAAAACGGAGAGGAAAUGGCGGAGAACGGAGCGAAAGAGGAGCAGGAUCUGGAGGCGAUGGGCCGACGGAAUGACAGAUUGGAGCGGGAACGGAUCGGCGUCGAAACGAUCGAAAACGGAUUGGCUCACUCGCUCCUCAUCGCCAGUCGCACGGUAAAUCACGGAAUUUCUGGGGGGAAAAUGGAAAAAUGAUCGAAAUUCUGGUGUAAUUAGUCAUUUUUUACGGUUUCAAAUAAAAUUCAAAAAGUGCCUGAAUCAUUUUGGAAAUGAUAAAUAUUCCUCCCUCAUAAUCUGUCUUAUGUUCCCACUAAAGCCGCUGAAAACGUCUUUUUUUAUUACGGUUUCAAAUCGGGUUUUCAAAUAUUCGAUGAAUGAGACGAGACACUCUAAAAUAUGUUCCAGUGAAAGCCAUGUCUUUUUCUGCAGGUGGACCCGAUCAAUGUGCUGGAAUUGCUGUACUCGAAACUCGCCCCGUCCGCCUCCAUCGUCAUCUAUUCGCCGCAUCAGAAUGUACGCAUUCUUCGAUUAUUUGAAAAGUGUUGUCAAACUGUUUUUUUUUCAGGUGCUGAUCGCGGCGUACGACUGGCUGUCGAAGCGGGGAGCGAUAAACCUGGUGCUGACGGAGCAAAUGUGCCGGGUGAUGCAGGUGCUGCCCGAUCGGACCCACCCGCUCAUGGCUCAGCACGUCGCCGGCGGACACGUGCUCACCGCCGUCAAAGUUGUUGAUAAUUGA